UAUAAACGCACACGAUGUUGUGUUUAUAAACAAAUUUUAAUGGUUUUUAGCUGUGAUAUAACGUCUAGCGAUUAUUCCAAACGAUGGACUUGGCGACCGUACCACCGGAGCUUGAAGAGCUCCUCAUCUGCAGCUGUUGCCAUUUACCCUUCAACGAUAACGACGCGCUGCCGAAGCUAUUCACGUGUCGCCACUACUUCUGCCUCAAAUGUGUCAAUUCGUUGCUGCGCGAAGGCAGCGAUGAACUCUACUGUGUACACUGCUGGAAGCGUACCGAACUGCAGGGACCCGAGCCACGUACCGACAGUUUACCCACCUACAAUGCGAUUUUAUAUCUCACACAGAAUUUGACUACGCUUAGUUUUAAAAUGAAAUGCGGCGAACGUGAUCGGCAGCAGCGUUCGUCGUCGAUUGCAUCGAACGGCUCCACCGGCGCGCUUAGCGGGAGCGGCGUUAUUAAUAAUACUGGCAAUAACAACAACAAUAACAGCAACAAUAGCGAUGGCAGCAAUGGCAAUYUGAGUAGUAUUGGCGUUGGCGUUGGCGUUGGCAACAACAACGCCAACAAUUUGGACAAAUUGAAAAUGACCGAAAACUGCAUGACGCAUGCCAUGCCCAACACAUUGUGGUGCAGCGUGUGCAAUAUCUUGCUUUGCCGCGCCUGUGCCGCCACCGAGGAGCAUCGCGCACAUUUGGUGAAGAAUAAAAUCGAAGCCAAGGAAUCGCUGCACUCGGACAUAUCAAAAGAGCUGCUCGGCAUGCAGAAGACGCUGAACGAUGUGCAACAUUUGUUAUUGAAGCAACGUGAUUUUCUGCUCAAAAUAUUGGAGAGCUGCACCACGCUCAAGACACAAAUCGAGGCGGAGCUGCUGAAUCAUAUGCCUACUUUGGAGAUUUCCGAAAUUCGUGAGAACCUAUGCAAGGCGCGUCUUUGUCUCGAGAUACUUGACAAGCAGACACCAGCUGAGGCUAUGAAGCUCUAUGCCACACUGCAYGCCGAGAAGCAGCGGCUCAUGGCCAAGUAUCAGGAGAUGUUCCUGCAAUGCAAACUGGACGACAUGAUACGCAAUUGUGGCUAUGUCUUCGAUUUCGAUCUUAUCAAGCAGGCACUCGUACAGAUGCAUAAUUGUGUGCUCAAUGGUGGCAAUUUGGAUAACUUCGGUGURGGCUCGGUAAUUGGCGGUCUCAAUGGCAUAACGACGRCUACUCAUCAGAAYCCGGUUUUGCUUUUGGCCAAUUAUUGCAUUUCACAAUUGUAUUCGCGCCACAUGUUGUUGUUGAAGCAACAGCAACAACAGCAGCAGCAACAGCAGCAUGCACAACAGCAACAACAACAACAUUUGUUGUCCAACGGUUUGCUCACMUCGAUGAUAUCGCACGUGAGUCUCUCCACGGGUACUAACGGAAAUUUGCCCACUUCGAAUGCCAAUUUCACGCAUGCAACAUAUGCACAGGCAUUGCAACAGAAUCAACCGUCGAACAACAGCGUUGCACAACAACAAGCCAACAAUCCAACUUCGCCCGUACACAAGACUUACGCCGACAUCAUUGCGCUCUCGAGCAAAUCUAAUGCCAGCCUGCAAACCGCUCAACAGCAGCAACAACUGUUGCAACAACAACAAGCCGUAAGCAGUAGUUUCUCYGAAAUCGCACCAAUUGGCACACCAGCMACAACAUCAAACACAUCAGUCGUGGUUGGCGCACAACGCAACAACACUUCACAUCUCUUUUCCAGCAGCGAUCUCAACGGUUUAGGUCUAAGCUUAUUGCAUCUGCAACAACAACAGCAGCAGAGUGCUUCGAAUACACAACAACAAACGAAAUCAACAUUACUACUUAACCCCAGCAUACACGUCUAUCCCAUCUACUAUUUUAACAUCGAAAUCAAUGGGCAGCACUCCGGCCGCAUCCUCAUAGAGGUGCGCAGCGACGUAGCGCCGAAAAUGGCGAAGAAUUUCAAUGCACUGGCCACUCAAGAGCUCGGCUAUGGUUACAAGGGUUGUCACAUUUUCCAGUGUUGGGAAAACGAGAGUAUUAUUACGGGCGAUUUUGAAUUAAAUAAUGGGCGGGGCGGACGCUCGGUAUACGAUGAGGGCUUUUUUAUGCCGGACGACACAAAGAUACUAGCCAUACGCGGUUCGGUUGGCAUGAGGCGAAGUCAAAAGCGWCACGAUAAUUUAGGUCUCGUUGGUUCACAGUUCCGUAUAAUUUUAAGAGAAAUGCGCGGUUUUACAGGCAUAUUUGCAUUUGUGAUCGAGGGUUUGGAUUUGGUAGAGAAAAUAUCACAAACCGGCGAUGCAACUGGUAAGCCACAGAGUAGUGUUGUCGUUGUCAGUUGUGGCAAAUAUCAGUUGGGUUAAUUGGGUUAAGUGUCAUAAGGGUCAGUAGUAGGGGUUCGAUUUUAAGAAUUUACUUUGAAUAAUGGGCACUUUUUAAUAAGCGUACGAUAGAAAAUUACAUUAAAAUAAUAUGACCUAUGUAAAUCAUAUUUUCAGAAUGUUUGAAGAUUAGAGCGGGUUUGAAGACACUAUUAUCAGAUUAAGGAUCGGGAUGGUGA